UCUAUCAUAUGAUUUACAUAUUUUGUUUACAGUGCAUUUCUAGCUUUUCAUUGCGAUUUUUGUUUUGUUAACGUCAUUUGGACCUUUUAAAGACCAAACAAAAAUGGUUCUGGCAACACUACACGAUUGCCAUUAUUUACAAACUCGAUUCUAUCCACUCUCCAUUGGAGGGCAUUUGUUGUGUUAUUUGUAGUUUUUAUUAUUUUGCUUGCCGCAUAAUAUUUACUUUUCUUGGUCAAAACAUGAGCUGCAAUUAUGCAGACGGUUUGUCACCAUAUGAAAAUAAAGGGAUUUUAGGAUUACCAGAGAGGUUCGAUAGCGCUGAGACAGUGGAGAAGAAAUGCGCCGAACUGGUAGACUGGAUGUUGGCCGCACGGGGACGCAUUGUGAUACAUACAGGCGCUGGCAUAAGCACCAGUGCUGGUAUACCUGAUUUUCGUGGUCCGAAAGGUGUGUGGACACUGGAGCAGAAAGGUAAAAAACCCACCAUAAAUGUAUCCUUCGAUGAAGCAAAACCCACUAAAACACAUAUGGCAUUGCGUGCUUUGGUAGAAGGAGGAUUUGUGCGAUACAUUGUAAGUCAAAAUAUCGAUGGACUACAUUUAAAGUCAGGUUUGUCACGUCAUUACUUAGCCGAGCUGCACGGAAAUAUGUUCGUAGAGCAAUGUAACAAGUGUAAACGACAAUUCGUGCGGGUCAAAGCAGCAGAGACCGUGGGACAAAAGCCUUGUGGCGGUAUGUGUCGUUCUGCUGAAAAUGGAAACGUGCGCGCAUGUCGUGGAGGCUUGCUUUUAGACAAUAUCCUUGACUGGGAGGCUGAUCUACCAGAGCGAGAUUUAGAUAUAGCUUUCUUACAUUCCAGUUUAGCGGAUGUUAAUAUAUCGAUGGGCACCACUCUUCAAAUCAUACCAAGUGGGAAUUUACCGCUGAAAAAUAAGAAAUUCGGAGGAAAGUUGAUUGUUUGUAAUCUGCAACCAACAAAACAUGACAAAAAAGCAGAUUUAAUUAUAUCAACCUAUGUGGAUGAUGUAUUGGAAAAAGUAUGUAAACGGUUGGGCAUUGAAAUACCGGUUUAUGAUGCAACGGGGGACCCCACAAAAGUAUCAACUGCCGAAAAUUCCGAUUGGACUAUUCCAGCUGCAGCGAUUAAGAAGUUAGAGAAAGAAUACAGUGAUAAAUUAAAGAACCAUAAAAUGCAGCGAAAGUUGCUAAAUAUUAAAAGUGUUGCAAAAAAAGAAGAAGUGGUAGCAAAUAAGAAGAGCAAACACGAAAUAUAAAAGCGUGCGGUCAACUUUUUUUUUUUUUUUGUUAUCCAUGAAUACUCAGUUUUUCUUUUCUUCUCAGAUAUUUAAUCUUUUAACGGACUGCAAAAUAUCCAAGUACUGAAUUUUCAAAAAAAAAAAAUAAGAAAGUAAAUGCUUAUGCUCACUCUAUGAUAUUAAUAUGAAUAUCAAACGCAAGAGAGCUAUUAAAAAAUGUUUUUUGUUUUUACUUUAGACUUUCAUAGUAUCAAAUAUUUGUUUAUAAACGAAGUUUAAAAGAAAACGAAAACAAUUUUUUAAUCGCUAGAUACAUCCUGCUUCCUUUGAUGCCCUUAUUAAUAUUCCAGACUGAGUAUAAGUAUUAAAACCAUUUUUUGAAAAUUUAGCCCAUUAAAAUUUUAAAGUUCUCAAUUUAGAUGAGAAAAUGAAAAACUAAAUAUGCAGCCUUACUAUAUAAGACGAAUGAGAUGGGGCGCGACUACCAUGCGGAAGUGCAAGGAUUCAAAACUUCGGGGCACGAAACACCAAGUGAUAGCAAAAGUUUUUUCCAAUAGCUGCUCAGUAGGCACUGGCAGAAACGACUCAUAAAAAACAUCUACCGGUCGGAGGCGUCAUAAAACUGUAGGUCCUUCCAUUUGCGGAAAAAUAUUUAGAGGGGGGAGUUCGAUCAAACAUCCAAGAAAAGGGUGUAAGUGUCAAUUGUAUACUUUUGCUAUUCAACGGUGUAAUCAUUAAAUCAGUGCAUUUAACAUUAACUAUAUUGCAAUUCGCAACUAAUUAAACUAAUUUUUAAGUAAACAUAUUUUUUCAGUAUUCCACGGCGUACACUUCUUACCAUUUUACAUGCAGCAAAUAAAAUUCUACAACUCUCGAAAAUAUUGUAUUUACUAUUUAUGCAAAUAUUUUGAAUAUUUAUUUUCCCUUUUUAUAUAGAUAUAUUUAUAUGUGUUCUUCAUUCAAACAUUACAUACGCAUUUGUGGAUUCUUUAAAUAAACCACUUCAAUCAUUUAAAAUUUUAUUUGAAUGUCUUAAAUUCAAUU